AUGGUGUACCGUAUUCUAAGGGAAACAAUCCUCAUUCUCGUCGUCACUCGUCGAUUCGCUGGAAUCCACGGGUGCGGCAGUGUCACAUGUUGA